CGUCAUUCAGUGAAGACUCUUUCGACAGUCAACUAGGUGAUCCCAACAUGCCUGAACUUGAGAGGAAAUCGAAAAUUUCAGCAUCCCGCAAACUCUUACUAAAGAGUUUAAUGCUGGCAAAAGCAAAGGAGGCAUGGGAUCAGGAUCAUAUCAAUACACAAGAAGAAAAGGAAAAAUACUUAAAUGAGAGAGUACCCCGUGAAAACUACCUUGGCCUUUCACUAACUGUACUACAGGAAUUAUGCAGAGAUUUACAUGAAAAAGUUGGCAUUGUGGAUGAGGAAAGAUAUGAUAUUGAAGUCAAAGUCAAUCACAACACCAGGGAGAUUCAAGAUCUGAGGAUGAAGGUGCUGGAUCUUCGUGGGAAGUUUAAGAGGCCUGCUCUGCGCAGAGUACGAGUAUCUGCAGAUGCCAUGCUUCGUGCACUUUUGGGUUCAAAGCACAAGGUUUCCAUGGACCUCCGUGCCAAUUUGAAAUCUGUAAAGAAAGAGGACACUGAGAAGGAACGCCCAGUUGAAGUGAGUGAUUGGCGCAAAAAUGUGGAAGCAAUGUCUGGUAUGGAGGGAAGAAAGAAGAUGUUUGAUGCCGCAAAAUCACCUCCUGCACAAUGAGAAGAGUCCUUUCCUGGCAGUGCCUGAUCCUGAUCUGCUGAAGAAGAUUUUAAAAUUUACAUGGGAAAACCGCAUGUCAGAAAAAAUAAUGCAUGAGGAUGUCAUAUCAAAUUAUCUUCAAUAUUACAGAGCAGCCAAACUGACUAAGAAGGCAUAUAUACUGUACAUUUUGAAAUUGCUGUCCUCCCUAUUGUUGAAUCUGAAAAAUCACCUGGUGGCCCUGAAUUCUAUUCAGUAGCAUUCCAGGGCAGUAGAUAUUCUUUGCCAAAAAUCUAUCUCAUCUAUAUCAAGACCAUCUCCAGAUAACCACCUUUCCCAUUGGGGCUACAUAAAAGUAUAGCCUCUGGGACCCACUACAGUACUGCCACCUGUGCCUCCCGAUGUGUGCCCUGCAUCGAUGUAUUAGACAAUUAUAUUAUGAAAAGUGUAGGAUUCAAAUAUGAACUCAUGCCCAUUCACCACUUAUAAUAAAAUUUGUCUUUCUGUCAGUCUUGGCAUAAAGACACACAUAACACAUUUAUACAGUGGCAAGAACUUAGGUUCUAUUUAGAAUCAGUCAACCACUACAUCUCAAGGAGAAGAUCUAAUAUAUAAUGCUGAGACACUCCAUAAAGACAUAAUCACAAAAAUCACUAUAAUCACCAAACUUUGCAUCUACUGGAUUCAAUAUUAGUGAAUGUGGAUCUUUGGAUCACUGGCAAAUAAUUUCUAUAAAAUGUACCAAUAAAUGUUUUAACCGUG